AAGAUGAGAAGUAGGCAUGUAAAAGGGACGGUGGAAGUACAUGAUUGCUCUUACCGCUCUUAAACUUUAAAACUAGGUUAAAUAAGGUCAAAGUUCUAGGAGUAAAAAUGUAAAAUGAUGUAUUGGUCUAAAAAAAAAAAUAUGAAGAAUUGGUGAAGGGAUGACAAAGAAAAAGCUCACUCUUAGCUCUCAUCUAUAGUAUCAUCGAUUCAUCGUGGUACACAUAAUCCUCAACCUGCAAACGAGGAAGAAGCAAACAUGGGAGGAACAGGAAGAACCAUUCUCACACUUUCUCUCUCCUCCAAUCUAUUAUCUCGCUCCCUUUUCUCUUUAACAUCUAAACAUUGUUGCUCACUUCGCAAACUCACUUACCCUCACAGGGUUUUACUAGGGUUUAGGCCUCUUUGCUCCUCUUCUUCUUCUUCCAUUACCACUGUUGAAGCUGCUUCAGAACUCUCUAACCCCACCAAACAAUCGAUCCUUCUUGAAAAGUUAAGGGUUAGACACCUCAAGGAUGUCCCUAAAACCCCAGAAAUCAAAACCCCAUCUCCAAAAUCUGCUUCUAAUUUGGUUAAUAAUGGUGAAUUUGAAGAGGGUUUUAACCAAAAUUCAAAGAAAAAAGGGGGUGGUGCUAAUAGUUUGGCUUCAAAUUUUAGUGAGUUGGGGUUGAGUGAAGAGGUAAUUGCUGCUUUGGAAGAAAUGGGUAUUUCUGUUCCUACUGAAAUUCAAUGUAUUGGUAUUCCUGCUGUUCUUGAAGGGAAUAGUGUGGUUUUAGGGUCUCAUACUGGGUCUGGCAAGACUUUGGCUUAUAUGUUGCCCAUUGUUCAGCUAUUGAGGCGAGAUGAAGAUAUCUCAGGCAUCCGGAUUAAACCCAGGCGUCCACGAGCUGUUGUCCUUAGUCCUACAAGGGAGCUUUCUGAACAGGUAUUCCGUGUGGCAAAGUCCAUCAGUCAUCAUGCUCGUUUCAGGUCUAUUAUGGUAAGUGGUGGUGGUCGUUUACGACCCCAGGAAGACUCACUUAAUGUCCCCAUAGAUAUGGUAGUUGGCACCCCAGGGAGGAUUUUACAACAUAUUGAGGAUGGUAAUAUGGUCUAUGGUGAUAUCAAAUAUGUGGUUUUGGAUGAGGCAGACACCAUGUUUGAUCAUGGCUUCGGUCCUGAUAUUCGUAAGUUUCUUGCCCCGCUCAAGAAUCGUGCAUCUAAACCUAAUGACCCUGGGUUUCAAACCGUCUUAGUUGCUGCAACAAUGACAAAGGCAGUUCAAACGCUGGUUGAUGAGGAAUUUCAAGGCGUUACACAUUUGCGCACUUCAACGCUACAUAAAAAGGUUGCAUCUGCUCGUCAUGAUUUUAUAAGACUUGCAGGAGCUGAGAACAAGCUGGAAGCGCUGUUACAGGUUCUUGAACCUAGCCUGUCCAAAGGAAAUAAAGUCAUGGUCUUCUGUAAUACUUUGGAUUCAAGUCGUGCUGUCGAUCACUUCCUUCGUGAAAAUCAAAUCUAUACAGUUAAUUAUCAUGGAGAAGUCCCUGCAGAACAAAGGGUUGAGAAUCUCAAAAAAUUUAAAGAUGAAGAUGGUGAUUGUCCCACUUUGGUCUGCACUGAUCUGGCUGCUAGGGGACUGGACUUGGAUGUGGACCAUGUUAUCAUGUUUGACUUUCCUAAGAAUUCUGUUGAUUAUCUCCAUCGCACUGGAAGAACUGCACGUAUGGGUGCAAAAGGGAAAGUAACCAGUUUGGUUGCCAAGAGGGAUGUGCCAUUGGCCACGCGAAUUGAGGAGGCUAUCAAGAAAAAUGAGUGCUUGGAAUCCCUCAGUGUAGAUAGCGUAAGGAGGGAUAUUGCUAGGACGCGUAUAAGUCAACAGCUAGGAAGUAAUGUGAAGGUCAUUAGGACUUCUGCUUUGAAAAGCAGAGGCCGAGCUGCUCCAGAAAAAUCCACAGGUCCUGGCAAAAACAGUAGUAGAGCUGCUCCAGCAAAGUCCACAGUUGUGCCUGGUAAAAGCAGUAGUAGACCUGCUUCUGCAAAAUCCUCCGGUAUGGCGGGAAAAAGGUUUGCUACUCAGGCAUCUGAAAGGAAAAGCUCCGGUGGAAAAUUCGGAAAAGCAGCUAUUCAGUCUAAAGGAAAAUAUGAAAAAGCAACAAGUCAGUCGAAACCAAAAUCUGGUAAAGUAGUUGGUCAGUUCAAACCUACAAAGAAAGCUGUCAAGGGUUCAAAGUUUACAAGCGCAACUACCUCAAACAGACCCUCUAAGAUAAGUGUUGUUGGAUUUCGAGGACGAAGUUCUUCCUAGGUGACAAAAAUUUGAUUGAAAUUUUGUUAACUGUAACUUUUUGGUUGAGAGACAGGGGGUGGGGGGGGGGGGGUUAAGGUAGUUAUAAUGUUAUUUGUAAAUUAGAAGAAUUAUUGUCAAGUUAUGGGUUAGAGUUUGCAACAUACUUCUAGCAAUUCGCUAUAUAAUACAGAGUAUUGGUUCAACACUAAUCGAUAUAUAGAUUAUAUCAGCGUAAAAUGAUUUAUUGCUGAUGCGGCUAUUUUUUAACAUCAAGAACAGCUUGUAAAUAAAUACAGAAGAGAUUUCUGGGUGAAAUGAAAUACAGAGUUUCAGUGUUAAAUGAAA